AACUCGAGCAUCGAUAUCGGAAUGGUUCCUUCUCUUCUUGUAGGAAAAAUGUAACCUGUAACGCUACUGUGUGGGCAAACAUAAACCCACGUCUGUGAGUCCACUACGUGACAUGAGGAGGACCAAUGAAUACGGAGAGUCGUUGCUUUCACCUCUGAACUUCCCGUCCUGGGCUGCAGAGCAGGGAAAGAUGGCCGAGCUUGAUUUCGGGGAUAAUGAGCUCUUUCAGCAGCUUGAUGACUCCGCGCCGCCGGUCCCGACGCACAUUCGCUUCACAGAUGAUGAGGAAGACAAGGAAGAGACGAGCCAGCUUCGGAGCAGGCUGGAGGAGUGUGAUGACUACAUUCAGAGACUCACUGAGGAGAAUAAAGGUUUGAGAAGAAAGCAAAACAUCCUGACACGACCAAGCGGCAUCUCAAUUGAAGAUGUCAACAUUGACGGGCCAGUUCUUCAAAUCCUUUAUGCGAAUAAUUUUAUUUCAAAGCAGUGUCGUCAAGAAAUUGAAGAUAGCAUCUGCAAUUUGAUUUGGAAGCACCAGAAAGCAAGCAAUGAAAAGAAAAAAUCCAUCUUUGUCAUGAAACCUCAGAAUUCAGCGUUUGCUAUGGAUGAAGAUCCUCAGAAGUCAACUUCUACUGGUGUAAGAACAACGACAGAAGCAUUUAAAGUGGUUGGUAGUGUCUUAUAUUUCACUACUUUCAGUGUUGAUAAACUUGGACAGCCUCUGGUGAAUGAAAACCCCCAGCUGACCGAUGGUUGGGACGUUCCAACCUAUCACCAGGUUUUCAACCAGGUCAUUGGCACUGAUGGACAAGAAAUAGAAAUGAAAGACAAAAGACCCAAAUCUAUGUGUUUCAACUGCGGUGCGAGCAGUCAUCAGCUGAGAGACUGUCCUAAGCCUAAAGACAUGGCCGCAAUUAAUGAGAGAAGAAAGGAGUUUAAUCAGAACAACAACCAGUCCAUGCAGAGUAACCAGCGAUACCAUGCUGAUGAAGUGGAAGAGCGGUUUGCUAAAUACAAGCCUGGAGUCAUGAGCGAGGAGUUGUUGUCAGCACUGGGAAUUGAUGGCAACACCCUCCCUCCCCUGAUUUAUCGCAUGAGGCAGCUAGGCUACCCACCAGGUUGGCUCAAAGAGGCAGAGAUGGAAAACUCUGGCUUAACACUGUAUGAUGGAAAUGUUUCAAAUGACGGCAACACAACAGAUAACACAAAUUCACACAUCUCUUAUGACGUUUCCAAACUGGUAGACUUCCCAGGCUUCAAUGUAGCUUCACCACACACAAUGAAAGAUGAGUUUUUGCAGUAUGGAUCUAUUCCAAUGCAAAGCAGCCACAUGAAGCCAAACUAUGCAGCCUACUUGUCCAACAACUUCCCUAUGCCUGGCACCACCUGCAACAAGAGACGGCAUGAAUCUGACUCUUCUCCACAGCUAAGGAAGAAGACAAGGCCCAGUCCUGAUCGGAACUCGAAUAGGAGCUCGGAUAUGGAUAUUGAAUCAGACCCAGGUACACCUUAUUAUACUUAUGGCCCAGGUGACUUCCAGUUUCAACCUCCCCUGCCCCCUGGAUCUCCUUGCUUCAGUUCACCUCCUCCUUUACCCCAUGGCACUCCUCCUGCUACACCUACUCCCCCACCUCUCCCUAAAGGUACACCACCUCCCACACCCACCAACGGCUCUCCAGCUCUGCGAGUGUGUAACUGGGAAAUAGUUGAUGAGACUGUGGAAGGAACAGAGGAUGAGCUGACACUGGAGGAACUGGAGGAGCAGCAGAGGCUGAUUUGGGCAGCUCUAGAAAAUGCUGACACUGCCACUAAUAGCGACUGUGAGACACCUGCAGUGGGAACACCUGUACCCAGUUCACCAAGUGUGUCUAUUCCUGUGCUUGUCGACACAGAACCUGAAGAGGUUGAAGAAGUGAUGGACACAACGAGACCUGCAGAAACUUGCCCUAGCGGCAGUGAAAAUCAAGGGGAACCAGGUGUUUCCUCUCAGAGCCCUGGCCCAGUCAAAGUCCAGGACGACAGCCCUCGGAGUCCUGGCCCAGUCAAAGUCCAGGACGACAGCCCUCGGAGUCCUGGCCCAGUCAAAGUCCAGGACGACAGCCCUCGGAGUCCUGGCCCAGUCACAGUCCAGGACGACAGCCCUCGGAGUCCUGGCCCAGUCACAGUCCAGGACGACAGCCCUCGGAGUCCUGGCCCAGUCAAAGUCCAGGACGACAGGCCUCGGAGUCCUGGCCCAGUCAAAGUCCAGGACGACAGCCCUCGGAGUCCUGGCCCAGUCACAGUCCAGGACGACAGCCCUCGGAGUCCUGGCCCAGUCAAAGUCCAGGACGACAGGCCUCGGAGUCCUGGCCCAGUCAAAGUCCAGGACGACAGGCCUCGGAGUCCUGGCCCAGUCAAAGUCCAGGACGACAGCCCUCGGAGUCCUGGCCCAGUCACAGUCCAGGACGACAGCCCUCGGAGUCCUGGCCCAGUCACAGUCCAGGACGACAGCCCUCGGAGUCCUGGCCCAGUCAAAGUCCAGGACGACAGGCCUCGGAGUCCUGGCCCAGUCAAAGUCCAGGACGACAGGCCUCGGAGUCCUGGCCCAGUCAAAGUCCAGGACGACAGCCCUCGGAGUCCUGGCCCAGUCACAGUCCAGGACGACAGCCCUCGGAGUCCUGGCCCAGUCACAGUCCAGGACGACAGCCCUCGGAGUCCUGGCCCAGUCAAAGUCCAGGACGACAGGCCUCGGAGUCCUGGCCCAGUCAAAGUCCAGGACGACAGGCCUCGGAGUCCUGGCCCAGUCAAAGUCCAGGACGACAGCCCUCGGAGUCCUGGCCCAGUCACAGUCCAGGACGACAGCCCUCGGAGUCCUGGCCCAGUCACAGUCCAGGACGACAGCCCUCGGAGUCCUGAUCCACUGAUCUCUAAUGGGGGGCCUGGAGAUACUACUUCUCCUAAGCAUGGCGAGAAGGUAAUAGCUGUUCCUCAUAGGAGCAACUUUGCAGCCGGCAUUGUUCCAUUUGAAGAUACACCAGAAUUCACUGAAGUUGCUGAAGCCACAGGGACAUACCUUAGGAUCAGAGACUUGCUUAAAAGUUCCCCUCGAAACCUGGCGAAGAAAAAAUAAAUUUGUACUAUCUUGAUUUGGAACACAAAGAUACAUAGAUAUUUUUUAAGGAAAAACAUAUAUUUUCAUUUUCAUGACCAUCCUAUGAAGCAUGUUUUUAGCUGUUUAUUAUUUUGUACCAAGGUGAAUGUCUGUGUUGUAAAUACAGUGGAUCUGUAAACGUACAGUGAGGGAGGGGCAUUAAGGGAUGCUGCAACAGUUAGUAGGUUUUGACCAAUUGUCAGUUUAUUUGGUAGGUGUUUUUUUUUUUUUUUUUUUGUAGUGUUACUUGUUUAUUUUAUUGUAAAAUUUGUAAAAUGGUAAUUUCUUGACCUGUAUUCAUUUUUAAUAGCAUGGUGUUUUCAUGGCUUUUUUUAUUUUUGUCCCACUUGAAUUGCUCUAAAAUCAGUAAGUAAACAUGCUUGUAUUUGC